AUGGAUUGUGUAAAUGGUGGGCCAUCAGGUGAUUUGGAGGAACGGUCCUCGUCUGAAAUGACAUCGAAGGAUUAUUAUUUUGAUUCCUAUGCACAUUUCGGGAUCCAUGAGGAAAUGUUGAAAGAUGAGACCCGGACUUUAACCUACAGAAAUGCCCUCGUACAUAACAAGCAUUUGGUUAAGGAUAAGGUUGUCCUUGAUGUUGGCUGCGGGACAGGCAUUCUCUGCUUGUUUGCCAUCAAAGCCGGUGCGAGACAUGCCAUUGGAAUUGAAUGUUCCAACAUUAUUGACCGAGCUGCUGAGGUGGUAAAAGCAAACAACAUGGCGGACAAAAUCACCCUUGUCAAGGGUAAAGUAGAAGAGGUCGAGCUUCCGAAAGAAUUCCCCAAGGUCGAUAUCAUCAUCAGUGAAUGGAUGGGCUAUUGCUUGUUCUAUGAAUCGAUGCUGAAUACAGUGAUUUUCGCCCGAGACAAGUGGCUGGCUCCCGGUGGCCUUAUCAUGCCAGACCGUGCCACGUUGUACGUGUGUGCCAUUGAGGAUCGACAGUAUAAGGAUGAGAAAAUAAACUGGUGGGAUAGUGUGUACGGCUUUGAUAUGAGUUGCAUUCGAAAAGUCGCCCUCACGGAACCCCUUGUGGAUGUUGUGGAUCCCAACCAAGUGGUAACAAACUGUUGUCUGGUGAAAGAGGUGGAUAUGUACACAAUCACUGUGGAGGAUUUGACCUUCACUGCUCCAUUUACACUCACCUGCAAGCGGAAUGACUACAUCCAAGCACUGGUCACCUUUUUCAACAUUGACUUCACCGCCUGUCACAAACCCACGGGCUUUUCCACUGGUCCAGAUGAACGCCGUUACACACACUGGAAGCAGACGGUGUUCUAUUUGGACAAUGGUGAAGACGAAUGCCUUACGGUGAAGAAAGGUGAGCAGAUCAACGGGACUAUGUCUAUCAGACCCAAUGCACGCAACAAUCGUGACUUGGACAUCUCAGUGAAAAUCGUGUUCGAAGGUGAAUUGAGCUGCGUGGAUUCCACGUAUACCUAUCGAAUGCGUUGACCAAUCUUCUCGUUAUCGGCGCCUUCCCCUCUUUUAUCUACCCUUCAACUCUGUUCCACGAAUGUUACAUUCUCACACCUUGUGUGCAUACUUGCGAAUUUUACAGCGUUCAUCGCUUUAACUUUGAACACCUCUGUCAGUUUCAUUUCCAUACGACAUGAGACAUCGUCGUACGCAAUCAGUCCUAGCAUUUAUUGGUCUGCACGUUUGCUGACUUCAUACCGAUCGAUCUUCAGUUUCUUGAGCGCCUGCCUCGGAGUCUGCGUCUCUUUCGUGGAACUUCCACCGCUUUCUACCAGGACAGCCGUCCGUCGUAUUCCACACCUUGCUUGGUGGAUAUUCCGCAAGCUUUCGCAAGACAUUGUAUUAGCAUAUUGAACUUUUGUGAACAUUUCUGUACACUGAUUGUUGCGUUUUGUCGUUGACAGUAGUGGCUUGGUUGUUCAUCGUGGUAUCCCUUUUAUGUCAG